UUCGGGUAUCGUAUCUAGGGAGCUUGGCAAUGAAGUUCAUCCGAUUAUAUACCCACUCCUUUGUUACCUCUCACUCCCUCUUUUGACCGUGCGCCAUGGCGGGGACCAUCGUACUCGUCGUCGUCGUCGUCGUCGUCGUCCCCGUCCUCCUAACUCCGACGCUCCUCCGCGCGGCUCCAUCUCACCCUGCCUUCGCCGACGAUCCAGCGCCGCUCCGCCGCGAGGAGUACGAAGGCGGGCGCAUCGUGGACAUCAGCCACGCGUACCGUCCGGACAUGCCCGAGUGGGAGUCGGCGCGCGGCAUCGGCCGCUUCCUCUGGCUCCGCCGCGCCAUGGCCAAUGGCUCCCUCGCCAACUUCUCCGAGCUCAAGCUCCCCACCCACACCGGCACCCACGUCGACGCCCCGGGCCACUUCUACCACCACUACUUCCUCGCCGGCUUCGACGUCGACACCCUCGACCUCGCCGUCCUCAACGGUCCAGCAUUGUUAGUUGAUGUUCCGAGAGAUAAGAACAUAACAGCUGAGGUAAUGGAAUCUCUGCAAAUUCCCAGAGGGGUUCGUCGAGUGCUUUUCAGGACACUAAAUAUGACCGGUAACAAAUAGUAUCAGUUUCUUUUC